CCCAACUGCUUUCAUCCUCAAACCGCCCUUGCCAUGCCUCCGAGUCUCAAGCCCAUCGACCCGCUGCCGGAACGCUGGGAACCUCCAUCGGAUCCCAAUGAUAUCGUUGUCCCAGGUCUCGACGCGAAUGCGCCGGUCUACGAUCAGAUCGAGCAGAUCGAGCAGCUCAUAACGAUGAAGCUACAGAAUAUUGAUGCAAACUUUUCGAAGAUGCAACAUAUCAUGGCCAGCAAGAUACUGCCCGCUGUGAAGCGGUACGCCGUCGGCACGGAACCAGUGAGGGAGGCUGCCAGGUUCUGGACCACCUUCUUCGAGCAAGCCGCCCAAAUCCGUGUGCCCACGUAUGAAGAGUAUAGUUCCGUGAACGAACAGGAGGAAACGGAGCCCAGCUCAGACGUUGUCGGCACGAGCACGGAGGAACCGGAGGCAACCCCUACCCGCUCCCAUCAUAGCACCUACACCUCAGAGGGCUCGUCCGAGGACUCUUUUAUGCCCCAAGCAGCAAUGUCCUCCACGCCUGCUACAGCCUUCCAGAGCUUUGGGGAUGGGCAGUCAGAUCCUACUCCUUCUUGGACUACACUGGCAGGAGAAGUGCAGAGUCUCGGCCAGGACGACGAGGUAUCUGGCGUAUCCGAGCGCACCGCGCGGUACGAGGAGUCUGAGGACGUGACACAGCGGGCCAUACCUCCGCCUAGAUUCUUGCCUGAGCACCCAGACCAUGGAAGCAGCUCCACCGCCAAAGGCAAGAGUCGCGAGAUGCCACCGCCAUUGCUGCAAGGGGUCUUGCGUCGGAACGUGACUCUGACCGACGGUACGAGCCCGAGGAAGCCUGGUUUCUCUCCGUUGAAAGUCAAGCCGAAGACGCCUGUCGCGAAGACGCGGAACCCUUAUCUUCCUCCGGGGAGCAAGCCUACCGACUGGAAGGGUGUAGUCGAUCUUGCUGAUCCAUCUACUGCCACGCCGCGGAAGGCACUCCUCUUCGUUGGACGUUACUGCACGCCCACACGCGGCCCAUUCGACCACUCCGCGCCAUGCAGGCGACGACUCGCUCGACAGGCCGCCGAGCGGAUAUUCCAGGGUCUUCUCAACGUUGAGAACCGCGGCGUCUUCGCUGCACCCGCGGCGACGCGCGCUGCGGGAAAGACGAACGGCGUAGAGUCGAGCGGGAGCUCGAUGCCCACCCCUCCUUCGCUGUCGAGAUAUCAACCGGAUCCUCAAAGCUCGACCACGGGCAGCAGCCUCGUCGACGCUAUCGGAAUCCUCAGUGAUUCUGGGACGGGCGGGGCGCAAUCAUCCGAACAGCCGCCUGUGCGUGCUCGGGCGCCGGAUGGCUCCCAAAUAUCGUCUGCGCCCUCUAGACCGCCGACGUUCACUGCGCCGCAACCGCCGCCGCCGCCAGCUCCCCAGACGCCGCCUCCUCCACAAUACGACCUGAGGCACAUCCGAGACGAUGAUCUCGAUGGAGAGAUGGAUAACGCAUUCCUUUUUGCCUCCCAAGGCGGCGGCAAUUACGACGAGGACGACUCAUUUGCAUCUGACGAGACGGACGACUUCGCUGACGAUGACGGUGGAGAGGGUGGGCCUGCGAUCGAAGUCUACGCUGCCGAGGGCGACAGCUUCGACGACUCAUUUGACAAUGAAUUCGACGGGACACCUGAGGAGGAGACCGUGUUCGGUGUGCCACCGGCGCAGCGACUUCGGAUGCAAGCACGAGACUCAGAGUCUAAUCUACGCAUGUACGGCGCAGAUCUAUUGCAGGACACACUGGGUGUUGGGUCGCAGAUGGCACAAGCAGGCAGGGUGGAGGACACGCCGACACCCUUUGUAGCACCCAUCAAUCCUGAUGACUCCCUUUAGCAAUGUUGUUUGAUACUUAAGUUACUUUCUUUUUGUAGCACUACCUAGAGGGAACUGGAGUACUGCUGAUGCUACUAAUUAUAAAAGGGGUUGUGCAAGCCCUUGUACAUGGUUGUUGUACUACAUGUACAUGUAGCAAGACUUGGGCAGAAAUUGUACAGGUAGUUGUACAGUAGCUUCACAUGCCAAGUGUACAAGGACUGUGGACAUUUUAGGAAAGGAUGAUCUAACAAUAGGACAAUGGUAAAAGUACAACAAAGCCAUUCUUUAUCCAUGGUCAAUAGCUAGUAGGUAUAUUGUGCUGUGAAUGGCAGAUUUGUACACAAUAGGUAG